AUGCCGGCUCUCGAGGUCCCCGAGUCCGGGUUGUCUCUCUGCCGAGACAACCACGGCAAUGAUGCUACCACCAAGCCCGUUCAGAUUAUGCGGCUGAAUCUAGCUCAGGAUACUCUUGAUGAGCUGAUCCAGAGCCUCCGGAACGAUCAGACUGCUCGAGUUCGUCUGGGGAAACAUGCGACUCUUUACUACGGCUCCAAAUCUCAACAAUUCCAUCCCCUCCCCGAGACGUGUCGAUCAGAGCUAUAUAGCGGCAGCUCUACGGACAAGGAAAACCUAUAUUUCAGCGGGGUUUUGAGCCAUAGCUUGGAGGUCCAGAAGGCGAAGGAGGAUACCGCGAGUGCCGAUAAGGCAUUGGCCGAUUUGGAGCAAAGCCUGAAUGCCUUUGAAAGAGGAAAAGAGUCGAAGAAGACCGCUAUAAUCACAAACAUUGAUGAAGUGAGAGCUUUGCGGGCAGGCGACAGACAUGGCACUGGAAAACAGACUGCUCGUCUGGGUCGUGCUCCGGCAAGCAAGGUGGAGCUGGAAAAGGAUCGACUGCUUAAUGCCAAUCGCUCCGUUUCCUCGAGCCCGGCUCUGGGAGUUGCUCGAUCACCUGCAUCUAUACCUCCGCUUACACCUACCUCCGCUCCGCUUUCUCAAAACAAAGAUCGCAUUCGUCUUGAAGCUCUCAAAGUCCCCUUCAUUCACCUUCUCGCCGUCCGGGCAGUUUCCGCCAAGUUCCUCGCGCGACAAACCCGCGCGUCCCUCGAAGACUGCGAGACUCUGGCUCGGAAAUACGGCAUCGAAAACCGAAUCAAUCCGGAGAAGUUCGAUCUCAAAGAUAAGACCUAUCGGGAGCUUGAUGUGUGGAAAUUUCCCUAUCCCUCCCAGGAAGAUCGGCAGGAGGCAAUUGAGAAUGCCAUCUCUGCAUUCGAUCGCCUGCGAAUUUCCCGGUCCGACAAGCUCUGGCAGAUGCUUCUUCCCAAGGAAGAACGCGGAAAGGGCAAGUGCUUAUCGCGCCUGGACUUGCGGACGGGCCCCAUCAAGAAAGCUGCGACACCUCGGAUACAAGUACAAACAUCUGAUGACAAUAGCAAGGACGGUUACACUACGGGUCAGGAGACCGACAAGGCUAGUGGGAAUGGUCUAACACCAAGGACGGGUGAGCCGACGUCAGCUCCCAGAUCUGGGACGGUCGCGCAGAAGAAACGGCCCGGCGACAAGGAUACCGGUGCGAAACGGACUGCCGCAAAGAGCAAGGUUGCGGGUAACAGUACCUUGACGGGACGCGUCACCAAGAAGGCGGAGCGGAAGACGACCGCGAAACAACCGGAGGGCAAGUUCAAGUCGGCGGAAUUCGUUCAUGACUCGGAUGAGGACGACACCGACCUGCCAGAUGCAUCGUCAACUGAGAAGCCACAGCCUGCAAAGGCAAAGGCUGAACCUAAGCCGCAGACUAAACUGCAGAAGCCCAGCCCACCCAGGGAACCCUCUCAUGCGCCUACCCCGAAGGUGGAGCAACCAGAAGCUACACCUAAAUCGGAGCCGAUCGACCAAGCGUCACAUCGGCCUAUGGCAGCAAAGAGGCCUCCUUCCUCGCGACCUCCUGCGCAAAAGUCCCCUCAGAAGUCCCCUCAAAAACCGUCGCCCCUCGGGUCCUCGCCCCCCACCAACGCCUCUGAUAUUCAAAAUCGCAGUCGUUCUUCAAGCCAAAACAAUUCUUCAAGUUCCUCGUCAUCAUCGCCCCUCAUAACCCAGGUCAACAAGCCCAGGCCUGUUGCGAGCGCGCCCACUGUGAGAAAAGUGGUCAAGACCAACGGUGUAUCCAGACCAGCUACCGUGACCAAUCCCCUGAAGCGCAAGGCGGAACUUGAGCGGCCUGCAGCGCUAGCUCAAGUUCCCGGACGUAUUGCGGGGGAUCUGGAACACAAACGGCGGCGAGCCGUGAGCACGUCCAGUGGCAGUACUGGAAGCGCCUCGCCGCCCCUCCGCCGCGAAAUUACCAUCCAGGAGUUGCACGACAAGUCCAAGAAGUUCAAGCGGUUCUACGCCAAGUACCACGCCUUACAUGACGCACUGGCCUCUCAGCAAAAUCCGUCGCGAGCCGACUUGGAGAAGCUCCAGAGGCAGCACACUAGUCUGCGGCGGAUGAAGGAGGAGAUAUGGGCCGAACAUCAGCAGCUCCGAGGUGGGCUCUAA